UCCCUAGGGAGAAGUCUGCAACAUGAUCAACAAGAAGUACAACGAGUUCCUGCCGAGCAUGCAGAGCGCCGAGGAGCUGGUGUCGCAGGUGGAGGGGCUGUCCAGCAACAUCGACCUGCUCAAAGCGGGCAUCGAGAACGAGGUUCAGCGAGAUCUCAACGUGGCUGUUGCCGAGUUUACGGAACUGAAGCAGCAGCUGGAGCGAGACACGCUGGUUCUGAGUGUCCUGAAGAAGCUGCAGGAGUUUGAUAUCGCUAUGAAAGGGUACAACACUGCCUUACUGGAAAAGAAGUACGUUGCAGCAGCUCAGCAGCUGGAAACGGCACGAAGCAGCCUCAAACUGCUGGAAUCCCGCAAGGGCUUUGAGCUGAAGAUCCUGAAGGCACUAGGCACCGAGCUGACAGUGCAGACACAAAACAUGCUCUAUCAUCUGGGAGAGGAGUGGCAGAAAUUGGCUGUAUGGAAGCUUCCUCCUUCCAAAGAAAGCAGCAGCCUGGAGUCAGUGGUGCAUUCAGAAUUGCACCUACACACAGUGCCAUCAAAAGAGGAUGAGAUUGCCGGCCCCCCUGUUGCUUCUGUGCUGCAGGCAUUUGCUGUCCUGGGAGAACUGCACACCAAGCUUAAAAUCUUUGGCCAGUUGUUGCUGAAAUACAUCCUCAAGCCACUGAUUACAUACCCAUCUCUUCAGCCAUGCACAGAGGAGCAGUCCGAUGUGUUCAUCCUACGUUUUAAGUCUGAGGAACCUAGCUUGGAUCAUUCCUCUCCUAUGGAGGUUUUUGACAAGAUCAAGCUUAUUUUUGAAGUUCUCCACAAGUAUCUGCUAAAUGUGCCUCUGGAACAGCCUCUGGAAGAUAAGAAGGGUUGUGGAGUUACACUGGCAGAACUGCUAGGUGAUAUGAUAUGGGAAGAGUUAUCAGACUGCCUCAUUCAGAACUGUCUGGUGAAUUCAAUCCCAACCAAUAGCAGCAAACUAGAGCAGUAUAUAGAGGUGAUUAAAUCCACAGAGGAAUUUGAGAAAGCCUUGAAGAACAUGCAGUUUUUGAAAGGAGACACAACUGAUUUACUGAAGUACGCCCGUAAUGUCAACUCCCACUUUGCUAACAAGAAAUGUCAGGAUGUGAUUGUGGCAGCCAGAAACCUGAUGACCUCAGAAAUACACAAUACUGUAAAGAUCACACCUGAUUCCUGUGUGGCCCUACCAAGGCUUCCUGAUCCUGGUACAGGAGAUCACUCCAAAAUGCCAAAAGCUUCUGAACUUCUGCACAACGACAUGGUGAAUUUGGAGAAUAAGACUAAACUGAGCCAGUACACAUUUUCUCUGCCCACAUGCCGCAUCAGUUCAUCAGUGGAGAAGCUGAUGGAGUUGGCCUACCAGACAUUGUUGGAGGCUACAUCCAGCACAGAUCAGUGCUGCAUACAGCUCUUCUACUCUGUACGGAAUAUAUUCCAGCUGUUCUAUGAUGUAGUGCCGACGUACCACAAGGAGAACCUUCAGAAAUUACCCCAACUGGCAGCUAUUCACCACAACAACUGCAUGUAUAUUGCUCACCACUUGCUCACCCUGGGACACCAGUUCCGAUACCGCCUGACUAACAUCCUGUGCGACGGAGCAGCUACGUUUGUAGACCUGGUGCCUGGUUUUAGGAGACUUGGGAUGGAGUGUUUUCUGGCCCAGAUGCGAGUGCAGAAAGGAGAAAUCCUGGAGAGGCUGUCAAGUGCCAGGAAUUUUUCUAAUAUGGAUGAUGAGGAAAAUUACUGUGCAGCUAACAAAGCAAUAAGGCAGGUAUUACAUCAGUUGAAAAGACUGGGAAAAGUCUGGCAAGAUGUUCUUCCAGUGAAUGUGUACUGCAAGGCCAUGGGGACUUUACUGAACACAGCUCUCACGGAGAUUGUCACUAGGAUCACUGCCCUAGAGGAUAUCUCUGCCGAAGAUGCAGAUAGGUUAUACUCCCUCUGUAGGACCAUGGUGGAGGAAGGACCCCAAGUUUUCACCCCGUUACCUGAAGAUGACAGAAAUAAGAAGUACCAAGAGGAAGUUCCAGUCUACGUGCAGAAGUGGAUGACAUUCAAAGAGCUGAUGAUCAUCUUGCAAGCCAACCUCCAAGAAAUCGUAGAUCAGUGGGCGGAUGGGAAGGGACCUCUUGCAGCUGAAUUCUCAGCAGCUGAAGUGAAGAGUCUGAUCCGAGCCUUGUUCCAGAACACAGAAAGGAGAGCAGCAGCACUUGCCAAAAUUAAGUAACCCUUACGUUUACUCUUACACAUCACAUCUUCUGAUAAAGCAAGAGGAAAUUGAGCCUUUCAAGUACUUUCUGGGUUUGACCAUUCUUAUUUGUACUGGUAUAAAGAAAACUUAGGAUUAAGUUAAGUGCUUCCUGGGGGCUUGACUUGAGCAUUUUCUGGCUCAGUGUUUGUGGGACAAAGAGGAUGGCUCUGUGCAUCUGGGACCAGAACACCACAGGUGGCUAAGACAGGGACACAAACUGCUUAUGCUCUAUCUGCCAGGCAGAGUUUGGCCUUGAAGAUUCAAUCUCCUGCUGUGCUCCCCAGAGGUGUUCUGCCCAGAUCCAAGUUUUGCUUCAUGAGCUGGUGGGUGUAGGGUCCCUGGGGAAGAAGAGAUGCUUUGUGUGAUAUUCACGAGUUUCCAUUCUCUGGGGUUUCAUCUUCCUGUUAAGCACAGCAUAGGGAAAUAAAUCAAAUCUU